AUGGCAUCGGAAUACCACUAUACCUACUUCCGAGUCUCUAAGACGGAAGAUCUGACUCGCUCAGCGCAGCGAUACAGAGGCCUGCGUCUGCAGGCGCUUAAACUCUCGCCGUCAUCAUUCGCUGCAACUUACGAAUCCGAGGCCCUUUUCACAGACGAAUAUUGGAUAUCACGCCUGUCACAACCAGGGAGGGAAACAUUCGUCUGCGCCGCACGCCCGGCUUCAAAACCUCUCGGAGACGAUCUGGAAUGGGUGGCCCAAUUGACGCUGCUCGGUCCACGAACCAGGGAGGAGUUCACGCUGCCAGCAACAUCCGGGCAGCCAGAACCAGGACUCGAUGAGGAGGAAGAGCGGUGGCAGCUUCUCGGUCUCUACACGCUCUCUUCGCAUCGUGGGAGGGGUCUCGCGAAACGACUGUGCGCGGAGGCGAUCAAGUAUCUUGUCCAGUAUCGGUCCGAGCCAAGGAAUGUCAACGUCCGGUUGAUGGUGAAGUGGGGGAUGGACGCGGCUGUACGGCUGUACGAGCAACUGGGCUUUAAAGAAGUGGGAAGCUGUACCCUUGCUGAAGCUCUGAUUGCGAACGGUGAAGGGGAUCUGCUGCCUGAGGGGUACGAGGCGCAGGAGAAAUUUUGUGCGCGGAGUGGUCAUGUUAUGCUGCAGUGUUUUACCAGAGAUCAUGUAUAG